CAUACAGAUACCAGACGCUAUGUAUGUGGCACAUGUGGAAAAAGAUUCCUUGACAAACAGACAUUGGACGAACAUGGGGUCACGCAUUUGCAGAUAAAACCUUUCCAAUGCCACAUCUGCCUGAAACAAUUAACUCGCCGCUCACGGCUUCGAAUGCAUCUACGAGCACACGAAGAAGAAUUACGCCCCAGACUGGUUCUAGUUUGCGCAGUUUGCUCACGAGCCUUCCGGGACGCUGAUCACGUACAGGAGCACAUAACUAGAUGUCCGGAAUGUAUAGAAGAGUUCGCCAACGAGUUAAAGGAAGAAGAAGCUGUCACUGUACUACUGUCUCCAACCAGCGGCCUUGUCAGACAUACCGUCCAGAUUAUUGAGUCCCCAAAACUAUCAAAACCAAUACGUCGCCAAGUGGAAGGGUCUCAAGCCGAACCUCUGCUGUCGCGAGUGUCGGAUGAGGCGCGCGCCAUCAUACGCGUCGUCGAAAUAGAAAAGGCCUUCCGCUGCGAAUAUUGUGAGGAUGUAUUCUAUUCAGAAGACGGCCUAAACAAUCACCGCGUUAUCCAUAAAGGCGUCAAGAACCCUUUCACUUGUCACAUCUGUAAAGUUAGCUUCGCUACGUAUUCCAG